UAUGGAUGUUGGGGGGUGCAACCAAACUCCUCAGUAAUGCAUCUUUCUCUCUUUCAAUUCCAGAUUUUCAGAAGAGCUGAUAAAAAUGAUGAUGGGAAGCUGUCCCUGGAGGAGUUCCAGGCCUUUUUUUCCGACGGGACGCUCAAUGAGGAGGAACUCGAGAAUCUCUUCCACACCAUCGACUCAGACAACACAAACAAUGUGGACACGAAGGAGCUGUGUGACUAUUUUGCCAAUCACAUGGGAGACUACGAAGAUGUCCUGGCCUCACUGGAGACCCUGAACCUCUCCAUCCUGAAGGCAAUGGACUACACCAAGCGCGUGUAUGAAAGCGGCAGCAAUAUGGACCAGUUUGUCACCCGGUUCCUGCUGAAGGAGACAGCCAACCAGACCCAGUCACUGCUGAGCUCGGUGGAGAGCGCCGUGGAUGCCAUUGAUGAGCAGACCAACCCCUGCAGGCAGUGCCCUGGCCCAGCCGGCCUCACGCUGACAGAGUCCUGGUAUGACAGCCCUGUGCCAAGCUUCGCACCCCCUGGCCGGAUGGUGCCCCGGGGCCACGGGAAGAGCAGCCAGAGCGGUGCUCCCAAGCCCAGGCAGGACGGGCUGGAGGGGCAGAUCGGCAGGCUGGCCGCACUCAUUGGCAGGCUGGAGGACAAGACUCUCUGGUUUGACCUGCACCAGCGGCUGUCAGAUAGCGAGAGCACAGCUUGCACGUACCUCCUUCUGGUACGGGACGAGAUGACGGUGUCACACAAGCACUUGGGAGAGUUCUGCAGCUCCCUGAAGCAGUACCUGAAAAGCGUGGCUGGGGAGCGAGACUGCUUCCAUGUCACUGCAGUCAAGCUGCCCGACGGAGUCACCUUCAUCGUCUAUGAGUUUUGGGAGACCGAGGAGGACUGGAAGAGGCACCUGCAGAGUGCCACCUGCAAAGGCUUCCAGCAUGUCAAGGUGGAUGCGCUGAGCCAGCCUGAGGCCAUCUCCAGCGUGGCUGUGCCAGCUGCCUGGUGCACCCUGAGCCAAGACUGACCGUGCAGGGACCUGGCUGCGCCCCCCACCUCCUGCCAGGCACUGUCCCCCCCAUUGUGUUGGCCAGAGGGGAGUGUGAUUGUCACCUGUCUGCAGCAAAGGAACUCCUCUUGUCCCCCAUCAGCAGCACC